UGCCAAUGCCAAUACCAUUGUAACAUGCACGGAAGGACAGCCGUAAAGCGUGAUUAAGGAGGUCAUUGGAAAGUGAGCAGCUUGCUAGCUACCUGGGCUGGUUCGGGGGACAGAAACACACUUUAUUGCUACCAUUAGUAUCAGACAUUCUGUUACCCGAGUAGCUCCAACUGAAUCUAAAAGCUGUUUAGCGACUAAACUUAUAAAGGCGAAAUGCUCCGUCUGGUCCUGCGGCUGAGGCCGUCUGCAGGGUUGCCUCAGUCCCGCUGUGCCCAACCUGGGCCUGCCUUGAGCGCUCGUCUCGUUCUGGGACACUGUCAUCUGAGGCGCUACCACGGCGCUGUCCGGUCCAGGGCUGUUUGCAGUGGAGGUCGUUUCAACACCGUGGUCUUCGCCUGCAGAGCCCUGCUGCAACCUCCCCAGCCCAUCAUGGGAGCCCAGACACAACGCCUCUACAGCCUACCACCGCACCAGAAGGUGGAGCUUCCUGCUCUUUCCCCCACCAUGCAGACCGGAACCAUCGCUCGCUGGGAGAAAAAGGAGGGAGACAAGAUCAACGAGGGAGACCUGAUAGCAGAGGUGGAGACGGACAAGGCCACGGUGGGGUUUGAGCUGUUGGAGGACUGUUACCUGGCCAAGAUCCUGGUACCUGAAGGAACUAGAGACGUCACCGUGGGAGCAGUCAUCUGCAUCACCGUUGACAGUGCUGAUCUGAUCCCGGCCUUUAAGGACCUGACAUUGGAGAAGCUUGCUGCUAGCUCUGCCUCUUCUGCAGCAGCCCCUCCCCCUGCAGCAGCCCCGCCCCCUGCUCCCGCCCCCGGAAGCUCCCUACCCACCCACAUGAAGGUGUGUCUGCCGGCCCUGUCUCCUACGAUGACCAUGGGGACAGUGCAGCGCUGGGAGAAGAAGGUUGGAGAGAAACUCAGUGAAGGAGAUCUACUGGCAGAGAUAGAGACCGACAAGGCUACCAUCGGGUUUGAGGUGCAGGAGGAGGGUUACCUGGCGAAGAUCAUGGUGUCUGAGGGAACGCGUGAUGUUCCACUGGGCGCUCCUCUCUGCAUCAUCGUGGAGAAAGAGAGUGACAUCGCUGCCUUCAGUGACUACAUAGAGACAGCAGGGGCGGAUGUCUCCACCCCACUCCCCGCCCCGGUUGCAGCCCCCACUCAUGCAGCGCCCCUCCCUAGCCCAGCCCCCGUUGCCCCAGCAACCCCCAGGAAAGGGCGUGUUUUCGUCAGCCCGCUCGCCAAGACGCUCGCUGCUGAGAAGGGCAUUGACCUGGCCCAGGUCAGCGGCUCCGGUCCUGAUGGUCGUGUCACCAGGAAAGACAUUGAGACCUUCGUCCCCCCCAAGGCUGCUCCUGCU